AUGCUUAGUCAAGUUCAUGGAUUCAAGGAAGCUUAUAAAGAGCUGAUAGCUUAUAUGGACUUAGAGAGAGAAGAGGAAGAGCCAGACAUUGACAAGGAGGCUAAACCCAAACCUAAAGGAAGUUGUCAAGAAGGAGAUAAUGAAGCUAUUGAAAGCUGGAGUGAUUAUCCAAUAUCAGAUAGUGCAUGGGUCAGCCCUGUACAUGUCGUGCCAAAGAAAGGAGGGAUCACAGUCAUCAAGAAUGAACAUGAUGAGCUCAUUCCAACAAGGACAAUCACAGGACACAGAAUGUGUGUCGACUACAGGAAGCUGAACUCCUCCACGCGCAAGGACCACUACCCCUUGCCAUUCAUAGACCAGAUGCUUGAGCGCCUUGCCAAUCAUCAAUACUACUGUUUCUUGGAUGGAUACUCAGGAUUUUUCCAAAUUCCAAUCCACCCAGAUGAUCAGGAGAAGACUACAUUCACUUGUCCCUAUGGCACAUAUGCUUAUAGGAGAAUGCCUUUUGGAUUGUGCAAUGCUCCAGCUACAUUCCAAAGGUGUAUGAUGUCCAUAUUCACAGAUCUAAUAGAAGAGAUUAUGGAGGUUUUCAUGGAUGAUUUCUCAGUAUAUGGUUCUUCCUUUGAAUCAUGUUUGGGAAAUCUUGGAAGAGUGCUACAGAGAUGUGAAGACAAGCACCUAGUUCUAAAUUGGGAGAAGUGCCACUUUAUGGUUAGAGAUGGAAUAGUGCUUGGACAUAGAAUCUCAGAGAGAGGCAUAGAAGUUGACAAGGCCAAGAUUGAAGUCAUGACAAACCUUCAGCCGCCCAAGACAGUAAAGAUAUCAGAAGCUUCCUAG